AAUUUAUUUCAGGUGGAACGUGGAAAGGGAGUUGAAGUAGGUAUGAUGGGUGAUGCAAAGGGUCUAAGAGAGUCAUAUUGUUGGACUGAUGAGAGGACCAAACUAUUAAUUGAUAUUGGUCUCGAAUGUACGCACAAAGGGCAAAAGUUGAAUACAAAUUUCACGAAAGAAGGUUGGACUUGGAUAUUGGAAGAAUAUAACAAAAAAUGUGGGAAGAAAGUAAACAUGUUGCAACUCAAGAAUAAAUGGAUGGUUUUAAAACAAAUUUGGAAUGCAUGGAUGUAUUUGAAAAAUAAGACAAGCUGGUGGGGGUGGAAUAUGGAUAUAAGAAUUGUUGAUCCACCUACUAAAGAGCAUUGGGAUGACUAUGUAAAGAAACAUCCCCAAGGAAAGCACUUCAAGAAUGCCCCCUUGCAAUAUGAAGAAGAACUACAAGAAUUAUUCCAAGGUUUUGUUGCUGAUGGGGAAGGUACAAUUUGCACCAGUGAAAUUGAGCCACGACCAAUAACACCAAAGGUGAUAUCUGCUUCCAAUAUAUAGUGCAAUAAACUUGGAUCU